UAAACAUAACCAAUACACAUGCUGCCACUUGGUUAUUCAUGUUUGGGUCUAAAGUACAUUUAAAGUAUAUUAUUAAUACUGGUAAUUCUAUUAUGUUUUAUACCUUGUGACCAUUCGGCGUCAGGCGGCUUUUGUAACAAUAUGACUACUAUGGGACUUGACGCAAAGGGGUAAUGGGCUUCAGCCAUGUUUGAGGGUAUCGAUCUGGAAGAUGAGGAGGAGGAGGUGCCGCCCCCUAAAAGAAAGGAAGGCUUUGAAUUCAGAAAGCCUGUCCGCCCUUACAUCUGCUCGACCCCGCUGGACUUCAUAAAAGAGCGCAAUUUCCUCGCUGAUCACAUCUACCCGAGCAUCGUGGAGUUCGCCCAGGGUCGGGGGGCACUGUUCUCUCCCACGGACAUCCGGUGGAGCCCUGAAGACAAGGUCUUCUCAAACGGACAACUCCUGCGCUUUCUGCUGGACGCCAUCGACCGGUGUUCGCCAUUCUUCAUCUGCCUGCUGGGCGACUGCUACGGCCCGCACCGCCCCGAGGACGAGCCCCUGCUGUCCUACACCAGGAUGAUCAACAUGGACAAGUGCAACCCCCUGGACCGGAACUACCUGAUGGCCGCCACCGCCUGCUAUGGCUGGCUCCUACACGAUGACAACCAGGCGUGCAGCCUCACGGAGCUGGAGAUCAUCCACGCGGCCUUCCUCGGCGACUCCACGCACUGCCGCUUCUACUUCCGACAGAGGGAUCACCUGGAGGACAAGUACAUGAGGGCUGGCGGCAGAGAGUCGGAGAUGCAGAGGCUGGACAGUGUCUACCUGCCGAAGAGCGAGUAUGCGGGGCUGAAGAUACAGGACCUGAGGCAGAGGAUCGUGAAGAAGGGCCUGCCCGUGCAGUACUUCACCACACUCGAGGAGUUGGGCAACCUGGUACUGAAUGACUGGAUAGACAUUGUCGAUCAGCUGUACCCAACGCCUGUCAAACCCUUUCAAUUCCAAGAAACCGAGAAGUACCGUGAAUGGCUGGUCCAGGAGUCGUUUGCAGAAAGCCGCCGCCAGGUGUACGUCAGCAGUCCGGAUAACAACGUGGUGAUGAGUCGCAUGACACGCUUCGCGAUGAAGGCAGUGGAUGACGCGACGCAGGAAAUGAGCGAACCCGUGUUCUCCAAGUACCGGACGUCAACCUCUUUUCUCAGCACUGGCAGCAGGUUAGGCUCCCUUGUGAAGUACAAGUCGGUGUUGUGUCUGAGCGGGGAGCGCGGGGCGGGCAAGUCGUCGAUCAUUGCCCAGUGGCUGGAUGAGUUCGACGACACGAGCCUACCGCUCCAACUCGUGCACCACUUUGUCGGCUGUAGUUCUCACAGCACAGACAUCACUGUGUUCCUCGAGCGGUGCAUCACGGAACUACGCUCACGCUUUCUCAAAACAGCAAAUGAGGAGGAGCAGGAAGAGAUAGCUGACGGCACCCACGCGUAUUGUGGUGACGACUAUGAGCCGAAGACGUUCCAAGAGCUGUGUGGGAUGUUCAUGUCAGCCGUGUCGCUUGGGCCCUGCGUUCUUGUCAUAGAUGGGGUCGACGAACUGUGUGGGACCGUCAAAUUGUCACAGGAAACGGUAAAGGAAUUCGGCUGGCUUCCUGCAGUUCUGCCACCGCGGUGCAAGAUCAUUCUGAGCACAACGAACUCUGACAUCACGUACCGCAGCCUGGCGAGACGGCCGGACGUGACGUUCAUUGCUGUGCCCAUCAUCUCGAGCGUAGAACGGCAGAAGGAGAUCCUGGAGGAGCACAUGGGCCAGCACUUCGCGCGGCUCACUGUGAAGAACUUUGUCCAGCUGCAGGAGAUCCGCGUGUGCACCAAGCCGCUCUUCCUCACGACGCUGGCCGCUGAACUCAAGUGCUACAGCAUCUAUUACAACAUCGACGCCUUCCUCGAGGAGCACCAGGAGCUGUCGUCGGUGCGCGAGUUCUGGAUGAAGAGUCUGAGGCGCUGGAUCAAGAAGUACAGCUGGCUCCCAGAGGUCGACUCGUCGCUGCAUUGUGACGUCCAUGAUAAUGAGUUUGAAGGCUUUUCUGGCUGGAUACCAGAUGCUCUUUGUUUGAUACUUUUAUCACGCAAUGGACUCACUGAAAAGGAGGUUUUAACGUUACUCAGGAGCCUCGGUUACACGGGCAGCCUCGAGGUGUCUCAGUUUGACUGGUUCCAGUUCCGCAUCGGCAUCGGCUCGGCGCUCUACGAGAAAGCUGAUGGUCUGAUCUGCUUCUCUCAUCAUCACAUCAAGGAAAUAGUCCAGUUCAUUCUCUUAAAAUGUUUCAAGAAUGGCCCUGAAGGCUCGGUUGUGUCUCAAGAGUCUGACAUUCCAUUUCAAAUGUACAAACGAAAGCUGCACGAAAACCUUGCGUGGUUCUUUGCACGGUUGCCGCAUUCUCAGAGGAAAGUCGAAGAACUGCCCUGGCAGCUGAUGAUGUCGGGAAACUGCUUCAACUUGUUGAGGGUCGUAGAAAACAUUGACUAUUUUCUCGACUUUGUGAGCAAAAGUGGCAACAACCCUUCUAACAAGCGAGAUCUGUUGGUGUACUGGAAGUUUCUGGAAGCGCGUGGCUACAAGGCAAAUCAGCAUUACCUGUCACUGUUCAUGGACAUGGGUUUAAUUGAGACUAACUUACAUGUAAAGUCGCCAUCAGUUCUCAGCAGCCUGACUGUUAUUGAAGAGAAGCCCAUUGAAGAUGAUGAAGAAAGUGCGGUGGAUUGCCAUGAAUGUUUUACUGAGUUUAGAAGAAAGAAAAUAUGUGGAAGUCCGUACCAGUCAUUUGAGCAUGGUCUACAAGGAAUGACAGACAGUCAAUUUUUCAUCGCAGAAAGUCAAAAACAUUCCCUUCUUAUAACAGGAGAUGGAAAGGUUCUGAAUGUUAAAAAUGGAAUCAAGAAAGUGGUGAUCCUCGCGUGGCACGCAUCACAGCUGCUCUUGGAGCUGGGUUACAGCGAGUCCACUGAAAAGAUCCUGUCUGCACUGAUUACAUUUCUCAACAAGAACUACCCUCUGUCACUGGACCACUUGGUUAUGCGUGCUAAGACUCUUGAAGUGAUUGGCGACAUAAAUCUCGCUGGAGUUAAAAUGGGGAAAGCGGAGACUAGCUACAGGGAGGCGCUGAAAAUAAUUGUCGAUGUAAUGGACGCUGAUGACGAACUGACAAGUCAGCCAGAAUUUCGUAAACUGAGAAGUCGUAUGCUAUGUCACCACGGCAGCAUUCUUCUAGAACAGGAUGAACUGUAUGACGCCCAGGAACUGCUGAAGGAAGCCCUGGAAUACACAGAUGAUUCCUUGAAGAACAUUCCUCUAACAGCCACCGUCUUGUACAACCUGGGCUUGCUGAGGUUGAAGCAAGGUGACUAUCAUCGGGCAGAGUCCAAUCUACGCCAGUCGCUGACUCUUCGAGAAACGUGGUUUGGAAAAACUCACCCUUUGGUGGCAGAUGUUCUCAACCACCUAGCAAAACUCCUGUCAUUGCAUGAGUACAAAGGACGGGAUAGGAUCCAGGCAGAACAUCUGUAUCGCCGGGCCAUACAGAUCCGGGAGGAGUGUCUGGGUAACCAACACCUGCUCACAGCGGAGGUCCUGUUUGCACUAGGUCAGUUAAUUGGAAAUCAGACAAGUCUUACAGCAAAGAAUGACUCCAUCGACCUUCUAAGACAAGCUCUGGAUAUUACAACAAGUCACCUUGGAUUGACAAAUACUGAUACCAAGCGAAUCCAGCAGGAACUGACGACCCAGGAAGUGAUGUUGCGGCUUGGUAACUACGAGUUUGGACACGCCAAGCCCUUGGACACGAGGAACAGGAGGAAUCCGUUCAGCACUCUUACUCUGAGGGACAAAGAUCUGAAACGGAUCCAGCAGAAGUACGGCAUCGACAAACCAGUACAGGAGUCGCUGACCAUCCGCGCGGUCAGUCGGGAGGAGAUACUGCGACACACCCGGCCCAUGAGUUACAUGAGCAGCACAAACAGUUACCUGAGUGCUUCGGAAAAGUUGUUCUCAGAAGGCGACCGACUGCUCCACAGAAAUUCCAUUGAACGGAAGCUAAAACAUUCGUCCAGCGGUGAGUCACCCACUUCCCCUGUCCCGAGGUCGCGCCUGACGGUGGACAUGAACUUCGUGGCCGAUUCCACGACGGGAGACAGCAGUGAUCUGCACAAAGAACUCAUCAUUGACAGUUUCGCUCUGGGUGGCGACAUGGAGGGUCCAGACAAGCAGAUCCAGCCGAAGAAAAGCUUGGUCCGGUCUCGUAUAAGCAGCAUGUCGGGGCGCAACGAUCCGUUCAAAAUGUUCAUGAGGUUCGCCAGUGCCAGCAGCGACCGGAGUCGCGGUUCAAAGCGGCUGUCGAGCUCCGGCAAGGGUCGCAGCAAGUCGUCUGUAUCUUCGAUAACGCCGGGCUCCACAGACGGCAGCAGCUCGCGGGGUCACCAGUCGCGGUGCGCCGUGCCGGGGCGCCAGUCCCUCCAACUCAGCAACCAGCAGGCGGUGGUGGGCCCACACAGUGCCCUCAACUGUCUGAUGGACUACCCCUUCCCAGACUCGAGCCGGAAGAUCCACCACCAGUCAGCAUGGUACCACGUGCCCGGGCGGUACCCGACUUCCGAGGCAUCGUACCCACCCAAACGCUGCCAGACGAGACCAUCAUCGGUGGUGUCGGGGUAUUCGCACAAGUGCAAGACCAGGAGCAUGUCGAGUCAGUCGAGUCGGAAGAGACCAGAGGGAAGUCGAGGGGACAGCAACAACAACGUCUCAUUGUCAGUGCCGUCGGGUAGGGAGGGUGAACAGUCGGAGUAUAAGUUGGGAAGAGGGUUCGAACAGUCGUACCAGUCCGAGCAAGAUUCAGAGCAGAAGGUGGCACAGUUGAUGGAAAAUAAACAAUGCAUGCAAAACGGAAUUUCUUCCACGAUGGUGACCUUCCAAGAAACCAUCAGUGUUGGCUAAAAUCCCCAAACUACUGUGAAUAUCGGCAUUAGGAAACAUUUUGUUAAUACAAGACUAAACUUAAUUUUGAAACAGAAAAAUAAUUAUAAGAAGAAAGAUUGAUGGUUAUAGGAAUAAGAUAAAACUUUAAAAAAUUGAUGUUUUUACAUUUCACAAAGGUUCUAAGAAAUUAAAGAACUAAAAUUAAUAAAACAUAUAAACAAAUUGUUCUCAAUUUAAGUAAAUAAAAAAAAAUAUAUAACUGCAUAACAUAUUUAAGUAAAACAUUAGGAAAAGACUUUCAUAAAAAGUAUUAUCGAAGUUCAAGUCUGUUUUGUCAAUACUUUUAUCUGGUCGUUUUGGUUGAUUUUAAAAGGUACUUAUCUGAAUCAUUUUGAUGAAAGACAAAUAUCAAUAUAUUAUUUAAUACAUGCUGUCUUGUUUUUCAGUUUGCAACUUUAACCUAUAAAUAAUGUAAAAAUGCAUUUAGCACAUCUAAGACAUAACAUGGGUAUCUUUAAAACAUAUUUUUGUUAUAUUGAAAAAUAGACUUUUUAAGGAUAUUUGACAUACAAUUUUUUUUUUAUCAAAGACACAUGUAUAUUAAAAUAAAUGCCUUUUUGGAACAAUUCUAUUUCCAAAUAAAAAAUUAUUGUCUUUAAGUGAAUAUCUUUGAUAUCAGUUAUUCAGAAAGAUACAAACAUCAAAAUUAAUUGACCAACAAAAUUUAAAAGAAUAAAACUUACAAUACAUAACCUUUUGCUAGGCAAUCUUAUAUAUACAUUUGAAGUUGGUGAGGCAUAAAUUGAAACUUCCUGUUUGAUUGAUAAAAGUAAUGAGAUUACAAGAUAAAAACUUUGAUUCAGCAUUGACAAAUUGAGCCAUUUGUAACCUACAUGCCUUUCAAAUAGUAAUAAUCCAGGUCAUAUGGUUUCUUAUAGCAAAUAGCCAGAUCAAUGAACAGAAUACGACAUGCUCUAAAUGUUGAUUCUCAACAUGCUUAUUGUGAUAUAUUUCAUCUUUGUUAGUCACAUUAGCAAAUAGCCAGAUCAAUGAACAGAAUACGACAUGCUCUAAAUGUUUAUUCUCAACAUGCUUAUUGUGAUAUAUUUCAUCUUUGUUAGUCACAUUAGAACAACAUUGAUGUAUGAGGUAAUUUUUGUCCAUUCUAGUAACUUUUAAAACAAAGAUUUAUUCAACCAUUUUAUAACAUUAUUGUUAAAAUUAUUUACAUGUCUGUUUUAUUUCAUAUGAUAUACACAUGUUAUAAAUAUUGUCUGACAUUUUAGAAUUAUUGUCUUUAAUGUUGAUUCGAUACCAUCUACAUCUAGUGAAUAUUUUAGGAAAAAACAGUCAAUGAUUGUUAUUGUCCAACAAUUUGUUUGUCCGUCCAUAUAUAACAUAACUGUUAAGGUUCAUGUAUUGGGAUCUUGCAGUCAAACAUAUUGGUGUGUGACAUUUCACAUCAGACCUGGAGUUUUAGUCAUGGUAUAUUUCUAUGUUUGCACUCUCACAAUUAGGAUUGUAGUCUUUGAUAUUGCAAUGAUUUAAUUACUGUAUGCCUAUAGAUAUUUAUUUAAAAAAAAAAAUCCCACAAAAACAACAUUAGUAGUUAAUCUCAUUUUCAGAGAAUUAUUGAAAAAGAGUCAGCUGAAAUAUGAAUUUCUUGUUGCCAAUCGGAUUUUGAUAUCAACUUAAAAAUGAAGGUUUACAAAUGUAAUCACAGCUGAAUGAGAAAUUAGCCUUUGGGGUUUAAACUGAAAGCUCAGACAUGUAUGCACAGCACUGUUUGGCUGUAUUAUCUAGAUGGCCAAGAAUAAGUCCUGAGAACAGAUUCAAAGUUCUGAUAACAGACUCAAAGUCCCGAUAACAGACUCAAAGUUUAUUAUGCAUGACCUUGAUAGUAAUGGUCUCAAGACAUUGUGGAGCAGGUUAUAUUUUAAACACAAGAAACCUUUAACAUAUGUGAUUCUUUAAAUGCCCAAAGACUUUGAGCCUAAACUCAAAUCUUUUAUGGUGUCCCAUAUAAUCAGUUUGUAUGGUGUUGCCAUUACAUGAAAGUCUCAAGACCGUUAUUAAAGAUUUGAGUCAAGACUUUAAAAAACCCAUUUAAGCACUGGGCCAAUUCUUCUCAUUUCCUUUACAGCCAGAGUUGAAGCUGUUUGCCAAAUUCAAAUAAAAUAUUUUUCAUUAUGAUUUGUCUUAACAGCUAAUUUGAGAGCUUGCAUAUUUAGGCCACCUAUUUUUUAUUAAAUGGUUUACGGAUUUUUUUCCACAAAAUAUAUGUAGGUGGUCGAAAUAAAAAUAAAAAUAAAAGUUUUGGAUCCAUUUAAAAAAAAAAAAAUUCUGACCAAUUUUUUUCUGUUGGAGGAAAAAAAAAGAAAAUGUUCAAAUCCAGAUUAUUCAUCAUGAACACACACACACACGUAUAUGUUGCAAAUGGAUUUUGUGGUUGCAUGUACUUUCUCAUUCACUACCAUUCUGCUUCCCGGGUUUUACAGUAUUUAUAUCUCGUUUAAAUAACUAAUGUGGAUAUAUUCAUGUUAUUUCAAAACAAUUACACUAAUAAAUAUAUAAUCGGGGCGAAUCGACUCACUUUUGGGGCAAAACGACUCCGUACGAAUAAGAUUUUACAACGAACCAACCCUGGGUGAACGGGUCUAAGGGUCUACAGUACCCGCACAGUACACGGCAAAGUCAAAACGCAACGUACUUCUGAAUAAAUAAUUUAACAAAGACAGAAUAUGAUUUGACAAGUAUAAUUUUGGGAAAAAUACCCUUAAAUUACUUUUUUUUUUUUUUUUUUUUUUUUGGUCAGAACGGCGGUAAAAAAAAUAAAAAAAUGUAGGUUUGCAUUUUUCUUUUUCCAGCGGGACUUUUUAAUGAACUUCGGCGGAUCCGUAAACCUAUUAAUCAAAAACGACUGGCCUUACGGAACCUUCAGGGUUUUUUGCAUUUUGUUUGGCAAAGAAUUAAAAUUGAAUUUGGCUACACAUUUUUAAACACAGUUUGCCAAACAGCUAACAAUAUUUUCUGUUAAGUUUAAACCUGAGUAAUUUCCAUAAUGUACAAACAUGCUAAUAGAUAUACAAGACUGUGAAAGAACAAGAAAGUGUCUGUGGUUUGUGUUUAACACACAGUAUUUAAUAGAAUAUCCUCUACAUUAAUUUAAUCUAUUUACAGCAGUCCUCCCACUUCACAAUGUUAGUCAACCUAGUGGAUGUAUAAGUGGUUUUAAUAAUUUAUAAGAUAAUACAAUAUGAACACAUAUUUAUACUAGUGAUUCUCUACCGUGCUAUUUAUUUACAUCUACAUCGAGCUAUUCUAAGUUAUUAUUGUAUAUGUAUAUGCAAAUUAAACCACAAUUUAUAUUUU